AUGGAUACCGUUUAUGGGACCAAGAAGUACUUCCAGAGCUUAUCCGGUGUUAGUGAUAUAUACAGGGCACAGACAUGUCGGCAAAUGAGUGCGGACUACACAUACCAGAACACCGUUGGCCGGAGGUCUCAACUUGGGGCGUACUAUCACAUGAACAAGCAGCCCUCGUACACGAACGAUCACAGUGUGAACAGUCAGUAUGGAUACAAUACGUGGGGCAUCUGGCGGGAUGGCAGGAACAUUGCCCCAUCCACGUUCUCGGCCAAGACGCACACACAGUACCCGAAGAAUCGCUCCUUCUCCAUUAUCCUGACCACGGCCGCUUUUAUAGUCCUUCUGGCCGUCAUUUCCAUAGCCGGCUUGGCCUUCUACUUUAGCUCCAUCAAGACCAAUCUGGAGGAUCCCAUCAUGGGUUUCGAGGGCUCUUUCCGCAUUGCCAAGGGUGAUCUCUUCUCCACGGGCCUCAAGUAUAACCACACCACGACCUACAAGCAGAAGAUCGAUUUCUACAAGCGCUUCGUGGAGCGUUCCAUGAUGGAUAAUGGCCUGACGCCGCUGCGCACCGAUGUCUGGGGCUUCGGCGAGGGUCCAUUGAUAAAGGUCUCAUUCCGGGUGUUCCUCGAUGUCCGUAAACUACCGCAAAACAUACUGAGCGUUGAGGAGUACAUUAAGGAGUCGCUGUUCCUGGAGACCUCUGCCACCAAGUCACUGUAUCGCUCAUUGAGGCUGGACACCGAAUCAGUGGAGAUCAAGCGGAUUAUGGACGAGCAGGUGGUGCGAUCUGCAGCUAUACUUAAGGAAGCACAAACGGUGCCCACUAGUCAAACCCAACUGGAGAAGCGUCUGAUGAAGAAGGGCAGCACGCCGGCACCGUCGCCACUUUAUCCGAAACCUCUGGGUGGCGGCAAUACGACGCCUAAGCCGAAGAAUCCCCUGGUGCGUACCCAUGUCGCUGACGAGGAGCCCGACAUCGACGUGGAAAAUGCUCCGGUUAUCCAGGGUUCCUUCGAGGGUUCCUUUGAGAUCACCAAAACGGAUGCAGAUAUUGCCCGCAAGAAGACGCCGCCAACUAGAGCCUAUCAGACCAGCAGCAGCAGCGCCUUGCCGCCGAAGUCCAUUGCCGUGACGCCUUACUCCUUGAGAGUGAAGCCCAAGAAGCCGGGUAUUGAGAAGCUGACAACUGUGCUGCCCCAGCAGGUCCCGUCGGGAGGUUCUGCAUCGACAACCAGAGCAACCACUAGGGCCACAAAGGCGACUACUACGACCAGGAAGAGCACUACAAGUACGACUACUUCUACCACAUCGACGACGACGACGACAACAACAACAACAACUCCAAAGCCAACAACGAGUACUACAACCACAGAAACCACUUCCACUACUACACCUCCUCCGCCGCCUAGCACCACUCGGGCUACGACAACCACAUUCACCUAUCCUCCGGUGAGCACGCCCACUUCAAGCCCAAUAGGAUCUCUACCCAAACUGGAUGCCAAUCUGUUCACCACCUUCCCCAUUUUGGAUACACAACCCUGGAGGCCGAUGCAUCGAGAGGUUCCCGAACUGUUGCCGGGACCACCGCCAGCUUUUCCCACCAAAACCCUGCCAGGUGCAGCUGGAACUACGCCCACCGUCAAUCACAUACCCCAGCGAAGGAUUGAUGAUUUCGAGUUGCCUUUCAUCGGAGACAAUCCAACGCCACCGACAGCGGCCGUGGCUCCCGUGACCAUUGAUCCGUACAGUCUUGGCUUCCUAAAUCCCGCAGUGCGCCUGCAGGAGCCUAAACCUCUAAGUCCCGUGCAGCAGCCUCAAGAUCAGGAUAUGCUCUUCUAUCACAAUUUUGGCAGUCCCGUUUUCAUGCCAGGAACUGAGAAUAUUGAGCGGCUGGGAGGAGCUCUCGUGGAACCGCACCCACUGCCUGUGCCCCUGAUAGAUGAUGUGAUCAUUCCGCCGUUUAAGCCCAUUGAUCCUACGAUAGGAACGGGUGAGAAGCUGCCCUUCAAUCUGGAUGCCAGCAACGAGAGAUUUGAACAUCUUGGCGGCGGGGUAAUAGCCAAGAAGCCGCAGGACAAGCUGGAAAAGAAGGAGCCGCAGGAUGAGACAGAGAAGCCAGUCGCUGAGGAGCAGCAAAUCAAAACUGUUCCGGAACUGAACCAGGAAAAGGAUCAGCAACUGAAGAAGGAACAGCUGGAGACUACCACUAAUUUACAGGACAAAUUGCCCACAUCUACAUCAAAGUCUCUGGUUACCAGCUCACAAAAGCCCACCAAAUCUCCUUCCUUGCCUUCGCUGAAACCAACAGACAACUCGGUGCUGGCGGACACUAUAGGUGAGUUCUUUAUGGAGCUCCUGAAUCUGCCCAAGGAGGACAAUGCCACUGCCACUCCGAAGCCAACAGGGGAUGUAAUAGAAUCCCGAAUAGAGCCAGAGGAGGAAGAGGUGACGGUGAAGCCAGUUAAGCCAAACUUUAUGAACCUGAAGGAGAUCAUUCUGCAAAGGAACACUCCCUCUUCCGUUCUCUCCAACGCCAGCUUAGAGCUGGAAUCUACAACCCCAACAACCACGACCAGUACAACGACCACGGAGGAGCCCAGGACCACGAAAAGGAAUCGUGUGCGAACGACAAGCGAAAAGCCAACCAUGAUGGAUGACUCCAACUUGUUUCCUUCGCACUCCAAGUGGGAGUUUGUCAACAGUUCUUCGGCUCAGGGAUACGGACACAACGGGAACAUGAGAAAGGUCUUCAAUCAGACGUUGCAGGCUUGGGUCUCAGAGGAUAUUGACAAGUCGGAGAACCUUACACUGAACGAUAUCAAGACGAGAAUUAACAAUGCCAGCAAUAUCCAGGACAUAUCGCUGAUCUUUGAUACGCUGGCUACAAAACUGGGCAUCACGCCCAGUGUCCCAAACAAGUUUCCGCCAUUUUCGCAAAACAAACUUAAGCAUUCGGCACCUAAAGAGGAAGUAAAGAGGCCCAUAUCCACCACCACAAUUGCUCCAAAGCCCCUAUUGCCCCUAGAGAGGGAACCUUUCAUCAAGCCCAUGUCCAGUUUUAUAGAAGAAGGCUCAUCUGAGGUCCUGGGAGCCGCCAUUCCAGUGGUCGGCGAGGCAGAAGUAGAGGUUAUUGAUCCUGUGAAGUACGAAGAGCUGCUUAAGAUCUCGCAGUUUGCCGCCAGCACAACAGAGCCGAGUGUGCACCGCCUGGUGACGCUGCUCCCAGUAAGAUCCAACUCCGGAAUCCGAACAUAUAGGCCACCUGCCGAGGAGCAGGACACGCCGCGCAGUGCACCCUCUGCCGUUCCCGUUCCAGUUCCUGCUCCCGCAACCUCUCCACGUCCCAGUGUUGGUCCCGGCAAGAUCAGUUUACGGCGCAAGAGCAAUCUAAACCAGAGCCGAAGAUUCGGCCAGCCACCCGCCGAGGCGGUGGUCAAGGGCGGCAUCCAGGUGACGGUCAAGAAGUGA